CCCUGCCGUGCUUCCUGCCUUGCUGAGGGAGGGGACGGUGCUGACGGCUGGGUGGACGCGAGGAGCGACAAGAAAGCCCUAAGAAAGUCUCAGAAGAGCGGGGGAAACGGCCCGGGUGUCCACCGUCCGUCGGGAGAUAAAAAACAACCCCGAGUUUCCGCAGCAGCCGAAAUUGUCACCGAAGAAAAAAAAAAUGUCGACUAGUCGUCAGCUGAGCGAGAGCAGGGCCAUCCCGACCAGGACGGUGUUGAUCAACGACUCAACGCAGCUACCUCAUGACUACUGUAGCACCCCUGGAGGCACUUUAUUCUCCACCACUCCUGGAGGAACGCGGAUCAUCUACGACCGAAAGUUCCUGCUGGACAUGCGCAACUCGCCCAUAGCUCAAACCCCGCCGGUCCACCUGCCUGUCAUCCCCGGAGUAACCAGCCAAAACACGCUCAACGAGAAGCGCAAGAACGAAGCCAACAACCACGACGGGAAGCCUGCCAGCGGUGAAGACGCUCAGUUCGAAAUGGACAUCUAACAGACUGCUCCGGCACUGGCAAGAAAAACUACAAAAAAACAAAGUAAAUGACCUGGCAUGUGCCGGUGUGCCAGUGGCUUGGCUUAUUAGAAAACCAAUGUUGUUGAGCCCUCAUGGCAGCCAUCUUUUUCUUCUCUCCGCCUCCUUGCAGUUGGAUGUAAAUGUGUCCAUUACGGGGAUUCAGUGCGUACUGGUACUGGAAACUGGCUUUCUUUCAGUCCAUAUCCAUAGCUGCUAUACUAGUCAAGCACCACACAACAAUGGAGCUUAUCGUGCACAUGUUACUGGCAGUGGAUCUUUGGCAGAGCACUCCCUCCGACCAAUACUCUUGGUCGGAAGUUUUUAUUUGAUUUUAUUUUGGCCUUUAAAGGGGAACAUUAUCAGCGUCAAUAUAUACCUUGAUGCUGCAGAAAAGACCAUGUGUUUUUUUAACCGAUUUCCGAACUCUAAAUGGGUGAAUUUUGGCGAAUUAAACGCCUUUCUGUUUAUCGCGCUGGAGGUGAUGACGUCAGAAUGUGACGUCGCCGAGGUAACACAGCCGCCAUUUUCAUUUUCAACACAUUACAAACACCGGGUCUCAGCUCUGUUAUUUUCCGUUUUUUGGACUAUUUUUUGGAACCUUGGAGACAUCAUGCCUGGUGGGUGUGUUGUCGGAGGGUGUAACAACACUAACAGGGAGGGAUUCAAGUUGCACCACUGGCAAGAAAUCUGCCGCCAGACCCCCAUUGAAUGUACCAGAGUGUCUGCACAUUUGAGCGGCGAUGCUAAGACAGACAUGGCACAGAGAUGUAUGGAUAACCUGCAGAUGCAUUUGCAACUAUAAAGUCAACGAAAUCACAAAGGUGAGUUUUGUUGAUGUUGACUUAUGUGCUAAUCAGACAUAUUUUGUCGCGGCGUGACUGCCAGCUAAUCGAUGCUAACAUGCUACUCUAAUUGAUGCUAACAUGCUAUUUACCGGCGGUGCAAAAGCAGACAUGGCACAGAGAUGUAUGGAUAACCUGCAGAUGCAUUUGCAACCAUUAAGUCAACCAAAUCACAAAGGUGAGUUUUGUUGAUGUUGUUGACUUAUGUGCUAAUCAGACAUAUUUGGUCACGGCAUGACUGCCAGCUAAUCGAUGCUAACAUGCUAUGCUAAUCGAUGCGAGCUGUAUGUACAUUGGAAACUAGAUACCCACAUUUAAUGCGAAACAAACACUUACCAAUCGACAGAUUUAAGUUGCUCCAGUGUCACAAGAUGCGAAAGUCCUGAUGGUUUGGUCCGCACAUUUUACCGGCGAUGCUAAUAAGGCGGCCAUGCUAUGGGCCACUUCAUUAGGUACACCCACGCUAUGGCCGAAUAGCGUCAAUAGCUAUUCGCUCAAUAGCUUCAAUUUCUUCUUCAAUUUCGUUUUCGCUAUCUGCCUCCAUACUCCGACCAUCUGUUUCAAUACAUGCGUAAUCUGUUGAAUCGCUUUAGCCGCUGAAAUCCCAGUCUGAAUCCGAGCUAAUGUCGCUAUAUCUUGCUGUGCUAACCGCCAUGUUGUUUGUAUUGGCAGCACUGUGUGACGUCACAGGGAAAUGGACGGUGGUUUGGAAGAUAGCGAAAAUAAGGCACUUUAAAGCUUUAUUUAGGGAUAUUCCGGGACCGGUAAAAUUUUGAAAAAAAACUUAAAAAAAUACAACAAGCCACUGGGAACUGAUUUUUAUUGUUUUUAACCCUUUUGAAAUUGUGAUAAUGUUCCCCUUUAAGUUCGGAUUUUUGUUGUUGAAAAGCACAUCAUUUAUUUUUGUCCCCCUUUUUGCGGAUAUCGGAAGUACUUGAAAAGCUCCACGACGGUUACAAGGAUGCAUAUUUGCCUAUUAGUCAGCACUUUCAUGCCAUUCCACUAUUUAUUAACGCAAACUUGUGACAGAUUCUGUGUUUAUUGUGACGAGUUUCUCCACUGUUGUUGAAGGCAGCGAGCUAAAUUGAGCCCAAAUCAGGAGUCUGCAAAGUGAGACCUGCAGGGGGGUCCAUUCCUAGCUUGUAAAAAACACAUACAAUUAAACCCAGUCUGGACAUCACACAGUAUUUCUCAUCUUUGAAUAACAUCCAUUAUAGCAGGGCUAGGGAACCUAUGGCUCUCCACUCUCAGAUCAAUCUUAGCUGACAUUUCUACAUGAUAUCCGCUGGUAAUCCGUCAGGUUCAAACACUGAUGAAAUCUAUUAAACAGACGAGAAGCAAGGAAUCGUGCAAAGACAGAAGCAAGGAAUCGUGCAGAGACAGAGUUCAAUUUGGCUCAAUGAGGAGACGUGUUUUGGGCUGUAUUCUAGUUACAGAUCCAAACUACGUUCUAAUUGUCCAGCCUCUAUUUAUUUGGGAGGUCGCUGUUUACAUCACUGAAGCUGUCGCCGAGGGAAGGGGGGUAAUCUCGACAACUCCAGUUAGACACAAUAUAUGACUAUACAAAAAUGCAAAUGUGUUGACGCUGGUGAUAUCGCCUUGUCUGUCUGCGUCACGGCGGUGUCAGCAGGCCGUUCAUGGACACUGAUAGCAGACUAGUUUGCAAUCUUUUGGAUUGGCAGUUUUGCACAGACAAAGAAAAAUACCACUUCAGCACAAUUGACAAUAACUAUAGCAACGGCCCUUAAGCAUAAAAGUUGUGUGAUAAUAUAUGAAUCAUUUUCUACCAUAGCUGUUCAUGAAGUUGCAUUAAUUUAUUAUUGGUUAACCUCAGAAUAAAAAUCUUAUUAAAAAGAAUACUUUAGAAAUGUUGGUCUUACUUUUGUUGUAUUUGGCGUUAAAAAUAUGAUAUGGCUCUUACAGAUAUACGUUUUAAAAUAUUUAACUUUCAUGGCUCUCUCAGCCAAAAAGGUUCCAAACCCCUGCAUUGUAGGGUCAAAAAAUAUAUUUUUUUGAGAGGGUCCUUUUGUUGCUUAUACCACAAAUCUGAGACUUUUUUUCCAAUAUACAAUAAAGGCCAAAAGUUUGGACACCUUCUCAUUCAAUGGGUUUUCUUUAUUUUCAUGACGUUAUAGAUUGUCCCUGAAGGCAUCAAAACUAUGAAUGAACACAUGUGGAGUUCUGUAAUUAACAAAAUAAAAAGGGGAUAUAACUGAAAACAUGUUUUCUAUUCGAGUUUCUUCAAAAUAGCCACCCUUUGCUCUGAUGAAUGUUUUGGCAUUUUCUCAAUUAGCAAAAAGAGUUUCCACCUCACAUCGUUUUGAUGCCUUCAGGGACCAUGACAAAUGUAAAUAGUCAUGAAAAUAAAGACAACGCAUUGAAAUGAGGAGGUGUGUCCAAACUUUUGCCUUGUAUUAUAUUUAAUUGCUCAAAGCAAAUUUAACAAACACUAGAUUGAUUCUUUUUUUGAUCUAUUAAAAUACACGAUUACAUUUAAUCCCUUAGGGGAAGAAAAAUGUGGGAAUUAUAAUAAUCCUCAGCCAGGAUAAAUUCAUAUCUCUGCUUCCCCUACAUUUAUUUUGGAUGUUUGGGUGCAUUAAAAGUGAAAUGAGGAAGCUUAGCUAAGAAAUAAUGAAAGUUGCUCAUUUUUGGGGUGAAAUAACUGUUAAAGAGAUCAUUUCCACACAAGAUAAUAAUAAACACAUUGAAAUUAAUUGUUCGUCUUGCAAUUUUUGCCACUCCCAACUUUACUUGAAUAUUUAGACCUGUGAAAAGGCAAAGGUUUGUCUUUGGAAGACUUGAAAUGAUCUAGAAAUGUUGUAUGCAUUUGAUUUUCUUGAAUUAAAAAAAAAAAUGCAGCUCACUGUAACGAAGGUCUUGUUUGGUUCUAGAAGUGAUUUGUGAGAAGGUUCACUCAAAUGAUGCCAUCUGCAAAUCUGUCCUCAGUGUCCUUAAUUCUUUCUACUGUAUUUGAUUUGACAUUUUGAAAGGUGUCAUGCAAGCCUGACUUCAAUGCAAUGCAGGACAUAAAGCCUACUGCUCACUGAUGUGUUCGACUGCAAAACAGAGGUUUAUUUUUUCACUGGAAACGUCGGACAUUGUGUUCAGCAACUGAGCAAAAAAAACCAACAGGAUUACUUUUGCUUUGUUUUUGUUUUUUUUCCUCAAGCGGGUGUGGAGUUGGAAAGAACAGUGUCCCGGAUGAGCGACCCACUUAAAUUGAGGUGAUUGUUUUAUUUAUUUACAACAAUUCACCCCAUUCAAAAUGUAUGUUUUUUUGUUUACUCUCCUAAAAUUCUGGAGUGAAAAUGUAUUUCAAGUCAGUUUGGUUGGGCAAUGAGGACUCAACAUUGGGCGAGAAAUAAAUAUAUAAAAAACAA